AUGGCCGACGCGCGGCGCUUCGACGGCCAGCUCUGGGUCGACAAGUACGCGCCGUCGACCUUCAGCCACCUGCUGAGCGACGAGCGGUCGAACCGCGAGGUGCUCCGGGCGCUCAAGGACUGGGACCCCUACGUCUUCAAGCGGCCCGCGCCGCCGCCGCCGCGCGCGCCCGGCGGCAAGGGCACGGGCAAGGGCGCGCCGUUCGGCGCCGCGGCCGAGGAGGCGCGGACCAUCGGCGACGACAAGCGGCCCCUGAGCCGCAUCAUCCUCCUCACGGGCGAGCCGGGCACGGGCAAGACGACGCUGGCGCACGUGCUCGCCGAGGCCGCGGGCUACCGCGUCCGCGAGCUGAACGCGUCCGACGAGCGGUCCGCGGACGCCCUGGAGGCCGCGGUGCGCACCGCGGCGCAGAACCGCACGCUCCGGACGCGCCGGGACAAGCCGACGUGCCUCGUCCUCGACGAGCUCGACGGCGCCGACGGCAAGGCGGCCAUCAACGCCAUCGUCGCCAUGGCCAAGGCGCCCCUGCCGGCCAAGUCGGAGCCCAAGGCGGCGAAGCGGCGGUCGUCCGCGUUCUUCGGCGGCGACAACGGCGACGGCGGCGGCGGCGCCGCGCCGCGGAAGGCGCGCGGCGGCCCCAAGGGCCCGCCGCCGCUGACGCGGCCCGUGAUCUGCGUCUGCAACGACGCCUUCGCGCCCCACAUGCGGCCGCUCCGCGAGGUCGCGCUCGUCUUCCAGUUCCGGAAGGUGCCCCACAACUUGCGCCUCGCGUCGCGGUUGAAGGCCGUCGCGGCGGGCGAGCGCGUCGACGUGUCGCCCGCGGCCAUC